CAUCAAUCCGAGCUCCGAGACUUAUCACCGACUCUUAAACCCCAGCAUUCGCCCUCCCUGACGCCUAGACUUACUGAUGCAAACAAAGAACUAAAACACAACUCGGGAUGAUGCUCAUAGUCUUGUCAUCAUGUUAACCAAACUGCUACUCAUCUGUAAGCUCUUUGGACCUAUCUUCGGUCAGAUAGUCGCCAACUUGAGACAGGCGGUUGCAACCCGCUUACACCGACUCACGUACCGCGCAGUCGAGCGUCCGCGCAACGUUGUCGUUGUUGGCGCUUCUUUCGCUGGAUAUCACGCAGCUAAAUGCCUUGCUAGUUCGCUCCCAACUGGGUAUAGAGUUGUGGUUAUCGAGAAGAAUACUCAUUUUCAAUUGACCUGGGUUUUGCCCCGGUUUAGCGUGGUGAAUGGCCAUGAACAUAAGGCUUUCAUUCCUUAUGGGCCUUACCUUGGUUGUGUUCCCGAAGGUUCUUAUCAGUGGCUUCGUGAUGGCGUUGAGCGAAUUGUACCCGGUGAGAAUGGACAUACUGGAAAGGUAGAGCUCGCAUCCGGUGAUGAUAUGGAAUUCGAUUACUUGGUGCUUGCGACUGGGGCGUCGGGAGCACUUCCGUCGCGAGUGCCAGCCGGGACCAAACAGGAAGGAAUAGAACAACUACUGGCUGAGCAGGAAAAACUCCGAGCUGCCACGAAUGUGGUCAUUGUUGGUGGUGGAGCUGCGGGAAUUGAGCUCGUGGCAGAUGCGAAAUCACUAUAUCCUGAGAAAAACGUCACGUUAGUUCAUUCUCGGAAGGCAUUGCUGGGUCGGUUUGGUCCUAGACUCGGAGAAAAGGCAUUGCAAGCACUUGAAGAGCUGGGAGUACGGACUAUAAUGGGUGAAAGAGUGCUUAGUGACAAGGCAGAAGCCGGGUUUGUCAAGUUGGGCUCAGGGGAAGCUCUCGCAUGUGAUUAUCUGAUAAAAUGUGUUGGUCAACGUCCCAACUCCAAGUUAAUACAGGCGUUGUCGCCCGAGUCAGUCUCCGAGACAGGUCAUGUCAAAAUUCGCCCUACACUUCAGCUAGCAGACACGUCCCUCAAUCAUAUCUAUGCUGCCGGGGAUGUGGUAGAUAUGGACAAUAUCAAAAAUGGUCGAGCAGCAGUGCAGCAGGCGCAGUCUGUGGCACAGAAUAUUGUGCGAUCCAUCAAAUCGCAAAAUCAGCUCGAGUAUCGCCCGCAGUGGUGGGAGGGAAUGACGAAGCUACACGUAGGACUGGGGAAAGCAUUGGUUUGGAUGGGUGAUGGUUCAGCCGAAAUAAUCAUGUCCGUGAAGUGCCGAGCGGAGGAGUUGGACAGCGCAAAGGUGUGGAAGUUUUUCGGGGUGAAGCCAUACGUGGAUGUGGGAUAUGAACUGAAAAGGGAUUGAAGUAUACGGCCAUGCCUGAGGUAUACGUCCUCUGUACGUGAGCAUGGGAGACUUCUGUCUUGACUUUGUUUGAAAAACGUAUUGCAAAGCAGGUUACUGGCUUACAUUUAUAAGAAAUAACUGUUUGUCUGAUUUGCAACUCAUGGGUAAUGGUAGUGAAUAAUGCUGAUGUAGUGGGCAAUAUUAGC